UCACAUCGGUGUUUUUACUCACCCGCACACACCGGAUUGAGAAGCAGUUGCGUCCGGAGAUAAUGUUUAUUCGUUAAAACGCAUUUUAUUUGAAAAAUUUUAUGUCUCAUUUUUUAGAAACUGCUGUAAUCAAUAAGGUGCUACUUUUGCGAAUGUGAUAGAAAAGUGUCGCAGCGAACGAAAAAGAAAUAGCAACUGGCUAGCUAAACUCAUCAGACAACGCGUCGUUUUAAGUUGUCAUUUUGUUUUUUUAUUAAUUGAAAUAGCGUUAGUUUUGCCUUGGCCCGGAACUCCUGUGAGCACACCAGUCGAUCGAAAUGGAGACCACCGGGGCACCCAAUGAUGGUCUCCUUCAGCAUCCAUGGCGUCCUGUCGCCAUUGAUGGUUGCCAACUUCUUGCUAAGAGCUGCUUUGGGGAGACAAGGUACCACAUCCUGCUGACUGACCUGCACUGCGUGUGGGAGGAGACCAUGCACUCUGCAGCCAUCCAGAGCCGCGCUCAGGAGCUGAACAAGCGUCUGCAAGCCCCCGUCAAAGCCUUCUUCUCGCACCUGUGCGAGGUGGUUCGGCCCUGUCUGUCAGGCAGCAGGCAGCCACCCGAAGGUGAAGCCAACAUCUCUGUGAUGCGGCUGGAUGGAGGCAACUUGAGCUUGAGGCUCAAGAGCAAGCUCGCAGGGCUACCUUUACAUUGGGAGUUUCGCUGCACCCCCGCUCCAGUCACCGUGGUGUGUCUUCAUCUGGUGCAGCCGUUGUUGUCCAUGAGCCACACGCUGCAGCAGGAGGUGGAGCAGCUGGAAGGCUUGCUCGUCAGCAAAGAUGCCGAGAUUCAGGACUACAAGGAGAAUGGAGCCACACUCAGCAGAGCGCGCCUGCAGACAGAAAUAUUUGAGCGACACACCUACAGAGGCAGCUUCCUGGCAAAGACUCUUGCCGUGGUUUGUUCUGACCAUCACAGCGUGAAGAACUUUGGAGUCGACCUCCAGGAGCUUUACACUGCCGUCGUUGCACAUGGAAGCAUGCGCAAACGCAAACUGUCUGAGCAGGACGAAUUAGUUACCACGGUUGUGGACGCCACGACUUCCUCAGACGCUGAUCGAGGAGAAGCCGACAGUGAGCAGAACCAGACCAGUCCGGUGGCGGAAGCGGGAGACCACAUCGUCCGCACAGCCACAACACAGCAACUCGCCACCUGUGGCCUCGCUGAGCGAGCGCCUUCCAAAGCAAAGAAGAAGAAAGCGGUGGGCUUGUUCCGAUGAGCGCCCGCAGUAGGAAACACCAUUUUCAAUGACUUACUUUUAAAUCAAUUUUAAUAUUUUAAACUCUAUGGUAAUCAAUGAAUGUAAUGAUUUUAUCAUGGAAGAUAAGCUUUUUAUCUGCGAAUUUAUAUUUAUAAUAAAUGACUUUUCUAGUGAAUCAAA